UUAGGCUUCUUCACGUUUUCGCAUGCUGCUGUAGCCGUCGGUUUAUUAACGGACGCUGAAACAAAAUAAUAGAUAGCAUUUCCACAACUUGUUUAUAGUUUCUGGUCGAACAAAGAUUAUCACUGGAAUGUCGUUAAAAAGAUAUUCUAAGCUUUGUUUGUAUUCUUAACAACGACUGCAGCUUGGGCCUUUGUUAGGCUUGGUUUCUAGGGACACCGUUGCUAUAGACAGCGUACUACAUAAAGCUGACCGAGGUCAGGCGAUUUCCUCCAAUCACGAUCACGCACUUGCAACGAAACCUUUUGAAUCAGCCAAUCAAAUGAAAGACCGAUUACCCACCGGAAGAAAGGGCUUUCGAGACUCUGGGAUGACAAGAAAGCUGAAGUAGUUCGGAACUAUUUUAAUGUAACGUUACAUUUUUUCCGUAUCGACGUUUGAAUGUUUGUAAUUUCGCAUGAGAAAAUCAACAAGAACAAGCUCUUCUUCCCCACCUCUGCAUGUGCAUGUGAACGAGACUACGCCUGUGCAUGUGCAUGUGAAGAAGAGCACAAAAUGCAGCCCUACCAAGACAGCCCAGGUUAAAACAAAAAGUAGCUUGCAUCCUACUGCUAAGGUGAAGACGAGGGUCCCAUGGAUACCACCCGGCAAGGUCUCAACACGAGAGACCUCAUAUAAAUGGGAGGGGCCAUCUCAUCGUCUGGAGAUAACACCUCCACAGGAACCAGAGCGCUCCCAGUCUCCUCUCCGAAUAGAAGAUCUCUCCACGGAUGAAGAAGAGGCACUGCAUGGACGCAUCAAUCAGUACGAGAGGAAGAUUGACAACCUUAUGACAGAGGUCAGCUCUCUGAAAAAUGAGGUCGAACUUCGUAAGAAGGAGCAGCAGCUAGAGCGUCAGUCGGAGAGAUUGAGUGCAUCGCAGCGCGUCAUCGCUGAGCAGGAGGAGGAGCUUGCAGAGGUCGCCCGGGAGCUGGAGGCCACAGAGCAGGAGAACUCCCGCCUACGGGAGUCCAUGGAAAAAAUGAUGGAGGGGAAUGAUUUUGGGAGAUUAGAGAGAGACAGUUUGCAGCCAGACAAAGAUGUUCUACUCAGGAAACUGCUGGAAGCAGAGAUGGACAGCAGUGCAGCCGCCAAGCAGGUGUCAGCCCUCCGCGAAACGGUCAGCCAUAUGUCCAGGAGUGCGAGUGCGAGUGUAAGUGAGAAAAAGAUGUCAGGAUCAGAUUCAACGCUCUUGACCCGACAGAAAGAGCUGUUGCUGCAGAAGCUGGAGACUUUUGAGAGCACUAACAGAGCCCUCAGACAUCUUCUGAGAGAACAGCAUAGUCGAGAGAUGGAAUCACAAAGACUCUUAGAGCAGAAAGAUGUGCUUCUAAAAAAACUUUCUGAUGUGGAAGCAGAAAAUUCGCGUAUUCUUGUAAAGCUUCAGGACAAAGACAGAGAGAUUAACCAGCUCACUUCCUUGUUAGAAAGCGAAAAGGACAGUGCAAAGACCACCACUGAACUGUCCAAAGUCUUAGAGUCCACUCGAGCACAUCUGCAGGGUCAACUACGCAAUAAAGAGGCAGAAAAUAACCGUCUCAAUGUUCAGAUCAGGAAUCUAGAGCGAUCCAUCAGCCAGCAGCAGGGGGAGGUAGAACACCUGCAGAAUCAGUUGGGUGACCUCAGACAGCAGGCGGAGGCUGAUAAGGAGGCCCUGAAAAAAGCCACGCGGGCACAGAAACAGCGGGCUCAGCGCAGUGAAGACACUGUGGGACAGCUCAGUGCCCAGCUCUUGGAGAUAGAAGCACAGUUGGCAGAUGCUGUGUCAGCCGCAGAGAACUGGAGCAGUCGCCACACAAAAGAGAUGAAGGAAAAAGGACAGCUAGAGAUGGAGAUCACAUUGUUGAACAGCCGUAUUACAGACCUUACGGAACAGUUGCAUGGCCAGGAAGAGAAAGCCCGAACAGAGAGAGAUGGCCUUUUAGAUCGCCUUCAUGCGCUCAAUACAGAGAACACUACUAUACGCCUGGAGAACCAGAGCCUUAAGGCUACUUUGUCCACCUUGGAAGAGAAGUUGACGUUGUCCCAGUCUGAGGUCCAGCAGGUCAAAGUUUCAGUGAAACAGUAUGAGAGCUUGGUGGACAGCUAUAAAGCCCAGGUUCAGAAGACCCGUGCCGAAGCAGAUGAGUACUCUGCACGUCUACAGGUGGCUGAAACUGAAGCCCAGGCUGUAAGAGACGAGCUAGACCAGGAGAUCCAGAAGGUCAGGAAGCAGCUUCAAGGUCGUUUGGUCGAGAUGGAGCCACUUCCUGAAGCUCUGAGACAUGCUGAACUCCAGUUGCAGGAAGCUCAUGAGAAAGAGCGCUUACAAGAGAGAAGAAACACAGAGCUUGGCACCUCCCUCGCAGAGCUACGCAUCAAGGCAGAGCAACAGGGAAGUCUGGCAGAAAUGUUGAGACACAAGAACAUGUUGCUGCAAGAAGAAAACAAGCAGCUUCAGCACAAAGUAGAGGGCUUUGAACGGAAGCUAGAGGAGGCUAACUCCCAAAAUCGAGACCUCAUCCAGGUCAUUUCAAAACGUGAAGAAACAAUUCAUAGCAACCAAGUGCGUCUGGAAGAAAAGUCUCGAGAGUGCAGUAUUCUGACUCGACAGCUGGAGGAGGCCCUGGACGAUGCUCGUCGCCAGGUUACCCAGACCAGGGAGCGAGCAGCCUCUAAAGAGCGUGUUACACAGUCCAAAAUUGUUGACCUAGAAACUCAAUUAAGCAGAACAACAACUGAGCUCAACCAGUUACGACGAACCAAAGAGGAGGCUGAGCGGAGGUACCAGAGCCGUUUACAAGACGUCAAGGACAGACUGGAGCAGUCCGACAGCACAAACCGCAGCCUCCAGAACUAUGUCCAGUUCCUCAAAUCUUCUUACGUCAAUGUGUUUGGAGAUCCUGCUCUCACUGGAUCAUCGUUCCGCACACCUUCACCAAUCUGAAAACCCUUUCAGGUGUCUUUUUAGACUUCCUUUACAUGGACAGACAUGUAUUCAUCUAAUUGUCACUACUGAUGACCUCUUGACUUUGCUGUGGUUUGUACUUUACUCUUGAAGGAUUAUUUAUUUGACAUGGUCAUUGUACGUGCUACUGGUGAGUACCAAGAAAGGUCUCUUUUUAGUAUUACAUAUCCAUCCUAGUAUGAGAAUUCUGGUCUUAUAGACAAAUUCUUGUGUCAUUUUGCCCUGACUCAAGGUGGCCGUUAUGCAAUAAAGAGAGUUCAAGAUAUUAUCUUCUUGCAAAACUUUUCUUUAAUUUACAUAUCAAAAAUGAAGGUUGUACUGCACUUACAGUAAUUUGGAUAUUGUCUUUUUUGAGCUUUUGCUUGUAUCUGGUUUUAAAACAUACACUUUGCUUUGUAGUUGCAGUAUAUGAUUGUCAGUUUAAAUAAUAUCAGUAUAUACAGUAUGAUGAUUGUAUAAAGUACAGUAAGAGUUUGUAAUUCAUAAUUAAUCUGUUAUAUCCAUAAAAUACCAUCACAAUCACCUGUUUAAAUUUGUAUUAGCUUAGUACUUGAGUUGGUUUAAGAGACAAAAUGACAACAAACUCAGGAUUUAUCAUUUUAUUUUUCAGCCAAAGGUUGUUUUUAAUUAUAACAGGGCCAUUAUGUGAAUAUAUCUAUAUCAUAACAAUGCAGAAAGCAUCUUUUUACUCAAUGUUACAUUGUUGUUGUCAGUAGGCUGAGAGCAUAGAAUUCCAGUAAUAAAAUGUCUAUUGGUGCUAUACAUUUACAUUACUGUAACCAUUCAUCUUUUUUGUUUAAAGUUAUACUUGCACUUUUUUGUCUUUUAUUUAUCUCAUGACCUGUCUUGUGAAAUAUCCAAACAGUAAUGUUUCACUGUUGCUUAUAUGAAAUGCAAUAGUACGUGUAUUUUUUAAUUGGUAAGAAUAUUUUGUAUACAUAUAAAGUGUAUAAUAUGUACUUAAGUGUAUUAAAGUAUUUUGAAAACUGCUAUGUGC